AUGUCGCCUGCUUCACCCCCCAACCAGUCUAACGCGCACCCCAACCCCGACCAUUUUGGCCUUACAUCAGAUCGAAAGCCUCCAGCACUUGGGCCCGCAUCGGUGGGUGCUCCUGGCCGCGUUGAGGGUGAGAUGGCCGACCUAGUUGUUCUCGGUGAAUUACCGAAGGAGAUUGAUGGUACUUUCUACCGCAUCAUGGUUGAUCCUUUCUAUCCCUUGCUGCCGGGCAAUCCUCCCAUUGAAGGGGAUGGGAGCAUUUCUGCCUUCCGCAUCCAUGACGGCAAGGUCGACCUUAAAAUCAGAUAUGUCGACACAGAGCGCCUCAAGCUCGAGCGAGCCGCGGGCAAACGCUUGUUCGGGCUGUACCGCAAUCCUUUCAGCCACCAUCCAUGUGUCCGCGCUGCAGUUGACUCAACCGCAAAUACCAAUCUGAUAUUCUGGAAUGGGCAGGUUCUUGCACUCAAGGAAAGUGCCUUGCCUUACGCGGUCGACCCAAAUACCCUGGAGACCCUGAGCUACGACCCUUUUAAAUCUCCGGGAAAGACGUUUUCCGCGCACCCUAAGGUCGAUCCAUUCACCAACGAGCUUGUUGUCUACGGCUACGAAGCAAAUGGGCUAGCUUCUGACGAUGUUGUGACUUACAGCAUUACACGGGAUGGUGAAAUCAAGGAUGUGCAGUGGAAUCAUACUCCAUGGGCAGCCAUGAUUCAUGACUGUGCGAUCACCACAAACUUUAUAAUUUUGUUCAUGUGGCCAUUCGAAGCGGACUUGGAAGGCAUGAAAAACGGUGGUCAUCACUGGAAGUGGGCUGAAGGCCGGAAUGUCACCUUCCAAGUUAUUCCGAGACGAGCUGACAAAGUACCUGAAGGGUGGAGUAAGGGUGAGGCGCGCACUUACCAAUGGACACAAAAUUCAUUCCUCCUGCAUUCCGCCGGCGCCUGGGAGGGGAAUGGCAAAAUAUACAUUGAAACAUCCAGAGUCUUCGCCAAUUUGUCUCCAUCCUGGGGAGGAAAAGGCUCCUUGCCAUUCAGCAUGAACCCGGCAGCUGAUUUUGUACGUUGGGAGCUUGACCUCUCACGGCCGACUCAAAGCACGAUUCCGGAUCCGGAAAUCGUAGUUAACCUGCCUUCGGAAUUCCCUCGCAUCGACGAACGUCGGAUGGGGCGAGAGUACAACAUCAUCUAUCUUCCUGUGGUAGCUGCUGAUUUGCCAUCGAACGGAUUUCCCAUGCCGGUGGCCUUGAAUGCGUUGGCAAAAGUCGACAAGAAGGCAGGCACAAUUGAUUACUUCAAGCCUGGCGAGGAGUGUGUAGUGGAAGAGCCCAUCUUCAUCCCGCGAAGAGAGAACAGCCCUGAAGGUGAUGGUUGGAUUCUGUCGAUGAUCCAGCGUGUGAAGCAGAGGAGAAGUGAUCUGGUAAUCAUCGACAGCAGGGAUUUUUCUAAGCCCAUUGCCAUCGUCCAAAUGCCUCUUUACCUCCGUGGCCAGGUCCAUGGUAAUUGGGUCGGAGCCUCUGAGCACAGUUCUAUAGCUCGGCCUCUCACUAGGGUCUUCGAGGCAAGUGGAAUUAGCGGGAAAGGAGCGUUAAAUUGA